AGCCCCAGCCCGAGACCUCCUCAUGGAUGAGGUAAACGUGACGUCACCGGUUGCCGAGGGACCCGCCAAUGCCUCGGCCAGCGGGAACCCCGCCGUCGGGAACCCAGCGCGUCACGUGCCUGCGGUGCACUGGGUCAUCGUGAGCCUCUCCCCGCUGGGGUUUGUGGAAAACGGAAUCCUCCUCUGGUUCCUCUGCUUCCGGAUGCGGAGAAACCCCUUCACGGUCUACAUCACCCACCUGUCGGUGGCGGACAGCUCCUUACUCUUCUGCAUUUUCAUUCUGUCGAUCGACUACGCUCUGGGUUAUGAGCUUUCCUCCGGCCGUUACUACACAAUCGUCACCUUAUCCGUGACAUUGCUGUUUGGUUACAACACGGGCCUCUACCUGCUGACAGCCAUCAGUGUGGAGAGGUGCCUGUCCGUCCUCCACCCCAUCUGGUACCGAUGCCAUCGCCCCAAGCACCAGUCGGCUUUCGUCUGUGCCCUCCUGUGGGCACUUUCUUGCUUAGUGACCACCAUGGAAUAUGUCAUGUGCAUCGACGGUGGAGAAGACAGUCACUCUCGAAGUGACUGCAGGGCGGUCAUCAUCUUCAUAGCCACCUUGAGCUUCCUGGUCUUCACCCCGCUCAUGGUGGUGGCCAGCACCAUCUUGGUGGUGAAGAUCCGAAAGAGCACGUGGACUUCCCACUCCUCGAAGCUGUACCUGGUCAUCACGGUCGCCAUCGUCAUCUUCCUCGUCUUCGCCAUGCCCAUGAGACUGCUCUACCUGCUCUACUACGAGCACUGGGCCUCGUUCGGGAGCCUCCACCACGUCUCGCUUCUCUUCUCCACCAUCAACAGCAGCGCCAACCCUUUCAUCUACUUCUUCGUGGGCAGCAGUAAGAAGAAGCGGUUCAAGGAGUCCUUAAAAGUUGUUCUGACCAGGGCUUUCAAAGAUGAGAUGCAGCCCAGGCGCCAGGAAGACAGCGGGAAUGCCGUCACAGUGGAGACGGUCCUGUGAGGCCUGCGGAGGGACACUGUGGGCCGGAGGGUGGAGCACAGAGAGGUUUUAGUUUGUGCUUGAAAAACAACUUAGUAACCCGCGCAGGCUACGGCGGGACACCCUGUCUCACAUGUUUGGGACACUCACGGUGUCGAGAUCGCAUUCUUGGGCUGUGCCUUGGCGAUGUGUGAAGUGUGCUGGACCUCGGCCACUUCCGUACAUAUCCCAAACUCUUCCUGGGCUUCUCAGCUUUUCUGGCGGAUUUUACCAUGAACCAUAAGGAGCACCAUGGCAGGAAGAUUUACAAAUGUCACGGGAAAAGUAACAAAGGCAUUCGUUGGAACCUGCAGAGGCAGAACACAGUGGCAAGGACAUGGGUUUGGGAGUCGGGUAGAGGUUGUCCUUUGCCACCCAUGUGACCUCAGGCAAGUGGCUUAACCUCAUGGAACCUCAAUUCCUUACCCGUAAAAUGGUAACAGCAACAACCUGUGUGUCCCAGGGUUAUCGUGAGCGGUGUGCAGGCACCUGGCACAUUGUCCGUGGGCAAUAAACGUCCGCCUCUCCCAGCUCCUGUAAGUGGAAGGCACAAUAUGUGUUCCUGUUCUAUAAUGCAUGCACGCACACAAGCAUACACACCACUCUAGCACGCUCAGAUUUGGGGAUACGUUUUUAAAUGCUGGACGUGCAUUUACGAAGGCCUUUUUGCUUGUAGCAUGCAAGCUUCUUGUAGCGUGGCAUCUCUUUCCAGGACACGGGCA